GUUUUUGUGCUCGGGACGUUUUUCCAUUCGAUUCAAGCGGUUUUAUUGGUGUAUCCAACUGGAACAGUUGGAAACAGAUGAACUCUUGACGUAUAAAAGACGAGCACAGAAAAAUGCAUACCGUUGUUCCAACAACAGAGACAUUAAGUUUCGAGCCACAAGGUCGCAAACAGAGUUUGGAUGACAUAAAUUUGGAUCAAUUUCUAAAAGUGGCCAACUAUGAAGAUACAGUAAAAGAAUUGGAUAUGUACUAUGGCAUCGUGAAACGUCAAUUGCUGCAAUUCCAAAGUCCGAUUUCUGGUUUAUUUCCCGUACUGUCGACCGAUAAUGAAGUUGGCAGCGUACGUGAUAGUGUUUAUUGCGCUGCGGCCGUUUGGAGUCUCUAUCAAGCGUAUCGAAGAAUCGAUGACGAUCGUGGAAAAUCUCACGAACUAGGUCAAUCAGCCGUUAAAUGUAUGCGCGGCAUUUUGGAAUGUUGGAUCAAACAAGCAUAUCGUGUCGAAUUGUUUAAACAACGACAAUCCAAUCAACAUGCAUUACAUUCAAAGUUUCAUCUUCACACCGGCGAAGAAAUCUACUCAGAUGACCUUUACAAUCAUCUACAGAUUGAUGUGGUUUCAAUUUACCUCAUAUUUUUGGUACAAAUGAUAACAUCGGGAUUACAAAUUAUUUACACACAAGACGAAGUAGCAUUUGUACAAAAUUUGGUGUACUAUGUAGAGAGAUCAUAUAGAACUCCUGAUUUUGGGAUGUGGGAACGUGGUUCGAAAUACAAUGACGGAACACCAGAAAUUCAUGCUUCAUCAAUUGGAAUGGCAAAAUCAGCACUAGAAGCUAUCAAUGGAUGCAAUUUAUUCGGGGAGAAAGGGGCAUCAUGGAGUGUGGUUUAUGUGGACAUUGAUGCACAUAAUCGAAAUCGAAGUAUUUUCGAAACAAUGUUACCGCGUGAAUCGUCAUCGAAAGGUGUUGAUGCUUCCCUCAUAACCACUCUCGGUUUUCCCGCUUUUGCGUCACACGAAGAACGACUAGUUGAACAGACUAAAAUCAAUGUGGUUAAUCGUCUAAAGGGAAAAAAUGGGUUUAAACGAUUCAGCCGCGAUGGAUAUUUGAGUCGCUUAGAAGACAAAUCAAGACGCUACUACAAUCAAGGUGAAGUAAAAGAUUUCGAAGGGAACGAGUGUGAAUGGCCGAUAUUUUACACAUUUAUGAUAAUUGAUGGUGUGUUUAAAAGCAGUACUGAACAAAUUGAAGAAUAUCAAGCUGAGCUGAGAAAAUGCUUGUAUGCUGACAGUAAUGGAGAUCCGGCCAUUGUAAUGUUUUAUGCACCGGAUGGUGAAGGUGGCUACACAAAAGCACCCUCGGACGGUCUAUUUUUGUGGGGACAAUCUGUUUUUAUAAUUGCACAAUUAUUGACUUCAGGUCUUUUGCACAUCAAUGAGUUGGACACAAUUCGACGUUAUUUGCCAAGUUAUAAUCGACCGCGUAAAGGUGGUAGAUAUAGCGCGUUUCAGGGAAAACCGGAAGUUAUAUCAGCGAAGCCAGGAAUUGGAACUGCCACAGAUCUUGUCGUGCAAAUUGUGCUUAUUGCCGAAUCACAGAGAUUACAAGCUAUGAUGGCCACUUAUGGCAUUCAAACCCAGACACCUCAUGAAGUGGAACCAGUACAAAUUUGGUCUUCGACGCAGCUAAUAAAAUUCUUCCAGCAAUUGGGAGUAAAUGAAAAAAUCGGUUUGACUGGACGACCGAAUCGGCCCGUUGGUUCCUUGGGAACAUCUAAAGUGUAUCGUGUGUGUGGAAUGACAGUUUUGUGUUACCCGUUGAUUUUUGAAUUUUCGGAUUUCUAUUUGUAUCGUGAUAUGGCACUGUUGAUCGAUGAUAUAAAAACCGAACUCCAAUUUGUUGGUAGAUACUGGCGUUUAUCGGGCCGACCCACUGUCUGCUUGCUUAUUCGUGAGGAACAUAUGCGAGAUCCACAAUUCAAAGAGAUGCUUGAUUUAUUGGCCAUGCUGAAGAAGGGUUAUUGUGAUGGAAUGAAAGUGCGCAUUGGCCGAUUGCAAAAUUUAAUUUCAAGUUCAUGCAUGGAACACUUGGAUUUCAUGUCGACAUCCGAUUUACCUGAAAUCGGCGAUGAAACCAGCUUCAGUCAAAUACAUCAUGAAUACAUUGGAUAUCAGAGUUUAACCGAUGUUCCUAAGGCUCAAUCAUAUGCUGAGGAGAAAAUUACUUGCGCGGAGUACAACCAUCGUUCUCUACCGGAUAUCAUUAAUGUUUUAAGGCAAACAACGUCCAUUUACUGUCAAUGUCAAUUGUUAGGCAUCAUUUUUAUGCGCGAAGGUCCAAACUAUGAAAUAAAUGGCGAAAGUGUGUUAAAUGCACUGAAAGCACUUUACUAUCGUGCAGGAACACUGAGGUACUGGCGUGCAGUUCGAUACUGUAGCUCUUUACUUCACCACACUGUAGAUUCAAUCAGUCCCUUCAUUACAACGGUUUUGGUAAACGGAAAACAGCUGACAGUCGGUGUAAUCGGUCAAAAGGAAACCGUAUUCGAUAAACCUAUGACGCCAGCAGAGAUCCAGAAUGUCAUGUACACACAUGUUCAGCCAUUUGAUGUGAUCCAAGCAGUAUUGCAGCAAGAAGUUGUGCUCUAUUGUGGUCGUUUGAUUGCAACAAAUCCAGACAUGUUCAAGGGUGUUUUGAAAAUUCGAAUUGGUUGGGUUCUAGAAGCAAUGCGACUAUACCUAAAUAUGUCCGGUCAAACGGAUGAUUUUGAUAAUUUAUCACCGUUUUCAAUUCGUAUUUUACUUCAACGUAUUCUCACGGUAAGCGAUUGGGCAAAUGAUGAAAAACUAACAGUUUUGCAACGACGUCAAUUAGAAGGUUGUUUGUGCCGGGUGCCAAAGCAAUUUUACGGAUUAGUUUGGGACGUAUUAUCACGCACACCCAAAGGUAUAUCGUUACAAGGUCAUUUGAUUCCAACCGAACCAACGCUUACCAGCAUGAGCAGAAGCGAACUGGCAUUUUCGUUGCUGGUCGAAGAAACAUUCAACCAUAUCAUUCAACCGGAGCGACGACAGUUAUCGGUUGAGCUUCUUUGUAUCGUGGCCACAAUUCUAAGUCGUAAUCCAGAGCUGCGCUUCAAGGAUAUACUCGAUUUAGAUGAUUUACUCGAAGAGGCUUACAGCAUGUAUUGCAAAGAGAAACGUAUACCGUUCACCAAAGAUAUUUCGAGCUUAUAUUCACUCAGCUACUCAGAAACAACUGGAUAUCUAGCUCGUGCCGUUGUUAAUACCAUACUACAAGGCGGCGUUUUGGCAGCUCAACCCGAGGAUGACGCGCAAGAUUUCGAAGAGGAAACUUGCCGAGUCUCCUGAAUCUUUUAUUACAAAAUCAAAUCAUUUUACUUUUUAUUGUUAUGAAAUUUUAUUAUUUUUUUUCCAUUUUUAAUGAAAUGAGAUCAUUUAGAUGUAUACUAUACUUGAAUAUGAAUUGUUUACUUUAUCGAGAAUGAAAAUCGAAAUUAUAUAUCAUGUAGAAAAUAUUUCAUGACAUUUACUUUUAAG